CAAACCACCAACUUUUUAAUUUUUCUUUCAACCUUCGCUUUCUUUUAUUGUCCUCCCCCCGCAAUGUCGAUGCCCACGGAUUCGAACCCGGAUCGUGGCGAGCAGCGGGUUAGGCCCGGUAUGAGCCGCUCUUCGUCACUGAUAAUUCCCGCAACUGGCCUGCGGAUACAUAGGUCUUCGACGAAUCUUCCGAGGAAUUAUACGCUUAGGAGCGAACCAACCCAAACACCCUCCCCUCCCGCACCUGACUCUGAUGAUGAUGAUAGCAACGAGGUGUCGGAUAGAACUCCACUUCUUGGCGGUGGAGCAAGCUUCCGAAGGAGAAGAAUGAUAAGGUUGGCAUUGAAGCGCGGGAGGAAGUUGGUGAAGAGUUGCUUUGCGCGCUUGGAUUAUGACAUCUGGAAGAGGGUUAUCAAGUGUUCCUUGGCGUACUGGGUCGGGAGUUUGGCUACCUUCGUUCCUGCCAUUUCGGCUCUCCUGGGAAGAUAUGAUGGGAAGCAUAUGGUUGCUACAUGUGCCGUUUAUUUUCAUCCAGCUCGGUCCGCUGGGAGCAUGCACGAAGCGACGAUAUUUGCAUUGACUGCCUUUCUUUACAGCACAAUUGUUUCUAUCGGGAGCAUGGGAGUUUCACUGUUGUUCGAUCAAUUGGAAUUAAUCGGGUUGGGACAUGCCAUCGUUCUCAUUGUAUUCUGCGCCGGUGGGCUGGGGUUGAUCGGAUACACCAAGAUCGCCAUGUCCAGUCCGACGGUCAGCGUGGCUUGUUCGUUGGCUUCUAUAUCUAUUAUUACCAUUUUAACUAAAGAAGGGAAUGUCCAAAGCGGUGAUUUCAGCAUGGGAAAGAUAUAUCAGGUGUCCACUAUUGUAAUAAUGUCAAUUGUUAUAUCAAACCUCCUGGCUUUUACUCUGUGGCCCACAUCUGCGAUCGGAGAACUUAGGCAGCUAAUGAUUAGGUCUACUGACUCUUUCUCGGCCAUGUUGGUUAUCAUCACCCGCAGCUUUCUCAAGGGAAGUGAGAACGAGUUACUUGGGGAAAAGUUCAAAAGUUCCACAAUUAACCACAGGACCGUGUUCACAUCAUUGAUGAAACAUCUUAAAGAAGCAAAGUAUGAGCACUACCUCCGCGGCACGGAGCAAGAAUACAUAGUUGAAAAGCAACUCAUCGAGUGUAUGCAGCGGCUGGCUCAACAUAUUGGUGGUCUUAGGAGCGCCGCUUCAACACAGUUCACUCUUUUGGCCACUUUCCAGGAGCAGGUGGAUGCAAGGUCGAGUGCCGCUGAGGGGAUUUCCAUGGGCCCUCGGGAGGACGCAACCGACGGUCCACAGCUCUUCACUCCUCCAGAUCAUGACAGGAUCGCGAUUCCUGCUCACCUCGCUUCAACUUCCAAGGCCGCUUCUGUUGCCGGGAGUGGUACUUCUACGCUGGAAGAGGACCCCACCGCACCAAUCAGAAUAUUCGACCAGUUUAUUUUCCAUCUUGGUCCUCCCAUGAAGUCACUUGCGUACACUCUAAAGCUCAUGCUUGACGAUCUACCAUUCAACUCUAGUGAAACGCACAGGAUCCAUGUGAACAGGGAGUUCAGAGGAAGUCUAGGCCAGGCAAUAGCACUCUACUCGGCGACCAGAAUCGAAGCGCUCAACACGCUUUAUAAAAGUGAGGUCGUGACAAAAGAACGCCCGAUGAUGGAGGCCGCAGACGUAGAAGAGAUUGCAGCGAGUUGCGGGUACUUUUCGUACUGUCUACUUUAUUUUGCCGAAGAGAUGCUUGUGUUUCUUAGCCUUCUCGAGGAACUGGAAGACUUGCAGGUGAGGAGACCGCGUUCGUGGGAGUGGGCCAAGUUCUGGAAAUCCAAGAAGACCAGGAAAACCGCCGAAGAAAAUUUCGUGGCCUCAACGGACAAUAUUAACAACGCUGAUGACUUCACUCUCAAGCGCGCAAAGACCAUCCCGAACGUCGCUCCGGAAGUCGGCGUGCCGUUCACGUAUAAAGUGUGGAAAGCGCUGAGCUUAUUCCGACAGCGUAACGUGCGGUUUAGUAUUAAGGUCGGCGUGGGAGCGGCGAUUUACGCUCUCCCAGCAUUCAUACCGCAGACACGACCGAUAUACUCCCACUGGCGCGGGGAAUGGGGCCUGGUUUCUUACAUGAUAGUCAUUUCCAUGACCCUCGGCCAGACCAACAACUCCGGCAAAGCAAGAGUCUUGGGAACACUCCUCGGGUCGAUCCUAGCACUCUUCGCCUGGUUCGUCUUUUCCACAAACCCAUAUACACUCUCCCUAUUCGGCUGGGCCGUCUCGGUCCCGUGUUUCUGGAUCAUCUUAACCUGGAAGCAAGCCACCUUCGGCCGCUUCAUCCUUCUGACUUACAACCUCUCCGUCCUCUACGCCUACUCCCUCGCUACCUCCUCAGCCGACGGGGGUGACGAUGACGACGACGAGGGUGGCACGAGCCCGAUAAUUACCGACAUAGUCCUCCACCGCUCGGUAGCCGUAACCGUCGGCGUCCUCUGGGGUGUCUUCAUAAACCUCGCGAUUUGGCCCACCAGCGCGAGGAACCAACUCCGCAAUGGCCUCGGCGUGCUUUGGCUUCGCAUGGCCCUAAUCUGGCGUCACGAUCCACUCCUCAGCCUACUAGAACCCACUACCACCCACCCUACCCACCAUAGCCGCCACAAGAAAUACAUGAACAUAACCGAAGAACACGCACUCCAGAGUGCCCUCCUCCGUCUUAGUCGCCUAACGGACUCUGCCCCGCACGAAUUCCGCCUAAAAGGCCCGUUCCCAGAAAGGGACUACAAAAACCUCAUCGUGGCUAGCCAAGCCAUGCUAGACGCGUUCCACGGCAUGGCAGUCAUGAUUGCCAGAGACCCGCGCGCGAACCGCCGCGAAGCGGAGAUCCUGGCACACACCCGCCGCGAGAGGGAGGACCUCUGCGCUCGGAUCAGUCAUUUGUUCUACGUGCUGGCCGGAUCAAUGAAGUUGGGUUUCCCGUUGCCGGGGAGUUUGCCCAAGACGGACAGAGCCAGGGACCGCUUGCUGGCGGGGCUGUUUGAGUUUAGGAAGAGGGUUCGCGGGACGGAGGGGGAUUCUGAUGAGGACUUUGCCCUGAUUUAUGCUUAUGCGUUGGUUACCGGCAGGAUUUCGGAAGGGCUGUUGGAUGCUGUCGCUACCGUUGAGAGGCUUUAUGGUGUACUUGAGGAGGAGAUGUUGGUUAUUUGAAGUGGGGGUUGAAUGAAGGUGAAUGAGAACGUUUGCCUUAGUUUAUUUGUAUUUUACCGUUUGGUGGUUUGUUUAUAAAAAUUUAAUAUGCAUGGAUACCCUCGAAUUCACACUCAAACCUGCUCGUGAUUCGAGAAUCGUAAGAA